AGAGGGGCCGCAGUUGUGUGAGAGCGUACUGAGUACGUACGUGUGUGUAUUAAAAGUUACAGCUCCAAGAAGUAAACAAAUAUGGCGACUUCCUCACCUGCCGGAGCGACAAAUGCAAGCCAAGGUUUCGACAGAGACGCUGUGGUGAAAGAGCUUAAGGCAAAUGGAUACGUUGUGGUGAAGAAUGUCCUUCCUCCUGAGAAAUGUGAUGAAUAUAUCCAACAGUACAAAUCUUGGAUGAAAAAGUUCGAUCGCGCAGGUCUGGAAUGUUCACAUAAACAUUCGAUCAUCCAGUCUUACAGAACAGGCCAUUUCUCGGCUACAUGGUCAGUAAGACUCCACGCGAAACCAAUAUUUGCCAAAAUAUGGAAAACCGAAAAGCUGCUGUCAAGUGCAGAUGCUGUAGCUAUAUCUAAACCCCCAGAAGAAGGAAGUGAUGAUUUUGUCGAUCCAAAUCGUGAAUGGCUGCAUCUAGACCAAGCUGUCGGUAGAGAGGGGCUUCACGCCUUUCAGGGCGGGGUCAACUUGGAGGAAAGCACCGAUACAGACCAUUGCUUUCGGGUCAUGGCGGGUUCACAUAUACAUCACAAGGAAUUCUUUCAGACAUUUCCAAAUGCUGCAGAGAAGUCACGACGGAUAGAACACUAUAAACUAAACGACCUGGAGAAAGACUGGUAUAGCAAAAAAGGAUGUAAGCGGACAAAAGUUCCGGUUCCAAAAGGAGGUAUGGUAUUGUGGGAUUCCCGUACUGUUCACGACAAUGUCAAACCAGAAUAUGGUAGACCAAAUAACGACAGAUGGCGCUUUGUAGUUUUUGUUUCCAUGACUCCAGCAAUUUGGGCAUUUCCCGAAGACUUGGGGAAAAAGAGAAAUGCUUACGAAAACUUGUUGACAACUUCCCAUUGGUCAUCACAAGGUGUGAGAGCCUUUAAGGAGUAUACCCCCGAGAACGAUGAUCCUAAAUAUACUAUUUUGACCCAACCUGAAAUAGCGAAAACAAGAGAAGCCAAACUUCUGUUCGGUGUUGAAGAAUACGAUUUUGAGAACAGUGAGCCAAACGGCCCCAGGUCGCCGAAAUGGCAAGACUAUUAUGCAGCGGCAUAAGCAGACAUGUGGUCUAGUAUGCGUGUCUAUUAUACGUUCAGAGCUAAUUAGUAACAUCAGUUGUUAAGGAUAGUUUUAAUUGCAUGCGUGUCUGCUUGUGAGACUAUAGAGCAAUGUCAUGCAGUAAUAUAGGACUGGUUUACUGUGCGUGAUACAUUUGCUGGCUAUUUAGCAAAGGCACGAAGAAUUAAAAGUAUAAUGUAAUUAGCAAGACAUAGUUUUUAAUAAAUCGUAGCGCAUGAAGUACCAUAAAACUUGUCUACCUCAAAUAAGCCUUUUUUGCGUGAAUUCACAACGAAAGUCUAUUUUGGGAAUUCAAAACAUAUCAAGUCUUUCUUUCCUCUUUUUUUUCUUUGUGUUCAGAAACCUUAUUGUUCAGACCAAUGAUGUUCCUCAAUAAAAAAAAUAUCUCAUUAAAAUUGUCUUAUUCGUUUAUGAAACCUCAUGUCACAUGCCAUUGUCGAACUAUUUUGGUUUCGUGUUACGGUGCAACCUGUCUUCAAUUCUGUAAAUGAUAACAUGAAAAAACAGAUUUCUGUUUCCUUAACCCUUACUUCAGCGACGUCACAUCUUACAAGAUACAAGAUACAAAAAAUGUUUCUUCAACGUCACAUGUUUAAAGCAAUAUACGACAAACAAUUGAAACAAAUAAGAAAUAACAUUGAUAAAUAGCAUGCAGGUAAAUUCAAAGCUAGUUAAGAAACGGCAAGCAAAUAUCACAGGUUAAUUUAACAAGUAAAAACAAUAAAGGUAAAAAAUCAA